AUGAACGUGGUGGGGGGCUACCAGGGCCACCCCCAUCCGCACCAUCACCCGCACGGCGCGCUGCUGCACCACGAGCCUUUCCUCUUCGGGCCGCCGCCGCCGCCGCCGCCGCCUCCCCCGGCGCGAUGCUUCCCGGCGGCCGAGCGGCCCUUCGCGCAGGGCUGGCUGCUGAGCGCCGCCGCCGACCUCUCGCCGCCGCCGCCCCCGGAGCUGGUGUGUGCGGCGGCGGCAGCAGCUGCGGCGGCGGCGGCGGCCGGUCUGGGCUCGUCGGCUUCGCCCGCCUCGUCGUACGGCGGGGCCGGCAGCCCGUCGGAGCUGAGCGGGCGGCUGGGCGCGGGGAGGCGUCGGGGGGCCUCGGCGGCGCCGGGAGCCCCGCGCAAGGAGCGCCGCCGCACCGAGAGCCUGAACAGCGCCUUCGCCGAGCUGCGCGAGUGCAUCCCCAACGUGCCCGCCGACACGAAGCUCUCCAAGAUCAAGACGCUGCGCCUGGCCACCAGCUACAUCGCCUACCUCAUGGAGGUGCUGGCCAAGGACCGCCCCGCCGCCGAGGGCUUCAAGGCCGAGCUCAAGAAGGCCGAGCCCCGCGACGCCAAGAGGAAGCGCGAGCAGCAGCCCGAGGGCUACUCUCACGCUUUAGGCCACGGCGAAAAAAGGCUUAAGGGCAGGACUGGCUGGCCUCAGCAGGUCUGGGCCCUGGAAUUAAAUCAAUGAAACCAGGAGGGUCACGGCGAGAGAACGAACUCCGGUUGCAGCUGGGAAGAGGACUGGGCCGGGGGCGUCGUUCUUCCCUGUCUUCUCGCGCCCCCCCCCAAAGCCCCGACGCUCGGAAGAUGACUCGUCCGCCUCCGUCUGUUUGUGUCCGCCUGCUGAUCCUCCCUCCCGUUUGCAGCCCGGGGAGAGUGGGCGCGAGCAGGAUCGUGUGCAAUGUGGAGGCUGCGGGACGCCGGGGGUGGGGGUGAGCGAUUGGAUGCUCUACCCCUUCCAGCGGAGAAGUGGGGGACGGAGGACCUUCCCUCACCUCCCCCCUGAACCGCCGAGCGACUCCGUAGCCCAGUUAAGCCGGGGAGGACGUGGACGCCAGACGAGGGACUCUACUCGCUCGCCGCGAUCCUGACCCUCACUCGCCCGUUGGAAGGCGGAGAGGAAGGCGCCUCAUCGGAAACCCACGGGUUUUUAGUUGAUUGGGGUUUUUCUUUGAAUGUGCUAUGGAACCAGGGUGUCAUUAACGUAUAUGUAUAUAUAUUGAGCGGAAUUGUCUGUACGGCCUGAAAGGAAUCUUGUGUUGCACAAAAGAAUGAUGGUGUCAAAUUGAACUCCCCUUCCCCCAGCCGAUCCUGAACAGAUGACUUGAAAGCCACUUCCGCUGGAGGCGGUGGGAUUUACUUUCAAGCAGUGGGUUUAGAAUUGCUGAAGGCCAGCCGGGGGUGGGAGGUGUGUUUGUGAGGGGAGAGGCGUGAAUCCUAUUCCAUCCAACUGUUUCAGUCCAAUUCAGGCUGCAAUCCCAAGCAUUCUUCUCGUAGAGUAAAUCCCGCCAAGGGCAAGGAGAGUUACUUCUGAGCACGUUGCGCUGUUAGUUGCUGUCUGGCCCACCGACAAGGAGGCCCACCGCUGGCAAGGCACGCGCGCAGAAUGGCCGGGAUCUCAAGCGUGCUGAGCUGAGCAAGUACCUCCUUUUUGAGAUCGAGAGGCCUGACGUCCUCAACGCCUUAGCCCGAAUUGUAGCACGAAUCUAAACAUGCAAACACGUUUACUCGGAAGUAAAUUCAGCUGUGAGGAAUGGGAUUACUUCCUGGUCAGGAUGGGGGAUACAGAUAAGCGCUGGGGAAAUCCCACUUUUGGACACAAUCCAACCCAAGUUAGGAAUCCCUCCGUCUUCAAUGGUCGAGUUAAGCACAUGUUUAGCUCUGUUCCAUUGGAGUCAACGGAAUGUAGAAGCUCUUGACUUUGGCUGAAUCCGUUGCUUUGAUUUCAGUGGGAUCGAUGCUUAUUCAGCUGAAGAGGCUUAUUGCAAA